AUGAGCUGCCAGCACCCUGGCUGACAUCUAAGGAACAGGGAGUACAGCAUGUGAGGAGACCUGACAGUGGCAAUGGCAGAGUAUGGCAUGGAGACAGCAAAUGGGAGGGCUGUGAAUGGACUCACAGCUAUGAGGAGGCGGUACAGGGGCCAUGGCAGAUUAGGGGCCUGGCAGCAGCUAUGGGAGGCCCGUAAUCUGCCAGACACCUAUGUCAGGCACACCUUUUAGCAGUGUGAGGAGACCUGAAAGUGGCACAUGGCAGAGUGUGGCGAUGGAGACAGCAGCAAUGGGAGGCCGUACAGGGACCCAU